AAGUAUUGAUAACAAAAAAAAAAAAAAAUAUAUAUAAAUAUAUACCUUUGUUUAUAACAUUAUCGCAUUUUUGAGAACUACAGUUAAAUAAAACAAAAGAAAUAAAAUAAUAUAGAUAAAUAUGACUGGUAUUUUUAAUCAUCAAGUGGAAGGGAUAAAAUAUUAAUCAGUUAACUUUAUCAUAUACUCAAAUGUUGCUGUCGAUGAGACAGUUCAGUGUUACAACUUCCUCAAGUAUAAUCAAUUACAAUAAAUCCUCGUAAUUGAAAAUUGAAAAAAAAAUUAUUUAUUUUUAUUUUUUAAAUAUUUAAAAUCGUCAAAUGAAUUUGUAAAAAAUCAUAAUAUAUAAAUUGUUUUAUUAAAAUAAAUAUUUAAAAAAUGACUAUAAAUUUAUAUUAUAUUAUUAUUGUGACAUUAGUUGUUUUAUCAGCUUUUAAAAGUGUCAAUUGUGUCAAAAAUCAAGCUGAACAAUUUACACAAGACAAUGUAAAGAUUAAAUUAUUAAUUAAUAAUAAUACAAAUAUUGUUGAUGAUGAUGAUAAAUUACAAAAAAAUUGUUCACCACAUUCAAUGGAUGAAUUUCCAAAUGGUUUAUUUAAUGAUGAUGAAUUAAAAAAUCCAUUUGUAUUAUUAUUUCAUGGAUUUAUUGGUCUAUAUUGCUUUUUAUUAACAGCAUAUGUAUGCAAUGAUUAUUUAUUACCAGCAUUAGAUGUUAUUUGUUCAGAAUUACAAAUAAGUGCUGAUGUUGCUGGUGCAACAUUUUUAGCAACUGCUAGUUGUUUUCCAGAAUUAUUUGUAAAUGUUGUUGGUACAUUUGUUACUAAAUCAGAUCUUGGUGUUGGUACUGUUGUUGGUGGUGCUGUAUUCAAUACAUUUGCAACACCAGCAUUUGGAGCUUUAUCAGCAUCACAGGCAAUACAAUUAGAUUCAUGGAUACUUUCACGUGAUUGUAUUAUUUAUAUUGUCAGUGUAACUGCAUUGGUAAUUGUUAUGUGGGAUGAGAGAAUAAGUUGGAUUGGAUCUGUUCUAUUGAUGACACUAUUUGCUGGAUAUUUUACAUUAUUAUUUUUAAAUAAUUCUGUUGUUAAAGCAUCAGGAAAAAUUCAUGGUUUUUUUAAAAAAACAACUAAAGCUGUUGUAACUGAAGCAGUUUUUUUGAAACCUCUAGACGAGGAAACUCCCUUAAUUUUUCGUCAACCAGGAGCACAAUCAGAGCCAGAAUCAAUUCCAAGUGGUGUAUAUCGUCCAUUUGUUCAUGGUGAAUUGAGUAUUGAAUAUCGUAAAAGUUUACAAUUAUCAAAAAAAAUUGAUAGUAGUAUUUUAUCACAAAAUGGAAAUAAUAAUAGUGAAAAAAUUGAUGAUUUUAUUGAGCCAGAAACACCAUUUAAUUUACCACCAAAUGAUUUAUUAAAAAUAUUAAAAUUCAUUUUAACAUGGCCAAUUAGAUUCGUACUUUUUAUAACAAUACCAGACACAAGAUAUAAAAGAUUACGUUUUUGGUAUCCAAUAACAUUUAUAAUGUGUAUAACAUGGAUUGCAUUAUCAUCAUAUUUAGCAAGUUGGAUGACAACAAUUGUUGGUGAUACUCUAGGAAUAUCAGAUUCAAUAAUGGGCAUAACUUUUCUAGCUGCUGGUGGAAAUAUGCCUGAACUUGUAUCAAUAGUAAUACUAUCACGUCAAGGUAAUGGUAAUAUGGCAAUGAGCAAUACACUUGGUGCAAACACACUGGAUAUAUUGAUGUGUCUUGGUUUACCAUGGGGUGUUAAAGCAAUUAUGACAGGUCAAGAUGUUAUCAUUGAAUCUGGUGCUAUUGUUUACAGUGUAUUAUCAAUAAUACUUUGUGUUAUUGGAUUUUUUUGCAUAACAGCAUAUUAUAAAUUUCAACUUAAUAAGAAAGUUGGUUUUGCAUGUCUCAUUAUGUAUUCAAUAUUUUUAGUAUUUUCAAUACUUUUAGAAUCAAAUGUUUUUUUUCCUGUUAAUUUACCAAUUUGUGAUAAAUGACAGUAAUUGUUCUUCACAUUUUUUUUCUUCACAUCAUUUUGUAUAAAUCAUCAAUUUCAUUUUUAAUAUUUUAAUAUUAAUUUUGCUUUUUAUUUUUUUUUUUUUUUGUUCAAAUAUUUUCUCCUGGUUUAAAUAUUUAUCUUUGUUUACCGUGAAAUUAUAAUGACGCAUUGCAUUGAUGUUAUUUAAUUUUAAAAAACCAUUAAUUAUCAAUUUUGUUUCGAAGAAAAAAAAAAAUAUAUAUGUGUUUAAUGAUGUUGUUGUCAUUGAUUUUAUUUUUUUUAUUGACUGAUUGACAUGUUUUGAUUCAUUUGGGUUAUUUAAAUUUUUACGUAAAUAUUUAUCAAGUGAUUAAUGGCAGUUGAUAAUUAUUAUUUAUUAAAUGGUAAUUAAAAAUAAAUCAUUUUUAUUUUUUAAUUUUAUUUAUUAUUUUUAACAAUAGGUUGUGAAAUUAUUGAAAAUUUAUUUUAGAUUAUUAAUUGGACUAGAAAAUAGUAAAGUUUUAUUAUUAUUAUUAUUAAAGUUUUUUUUUUUUUUUUUUUUUUUGCACUUACAUGUUGAACAAUUGUCAUGAAAUAUUUUUAAAACAAUAAUUAAUUUUUUUUCAAUGUUAACAUCGUUAUUAUUUUUUAAUGAAUUUAUUUUCAAAAUUAAAAUUAGUGCUGAAAAAAUAUAUUUAAUUCGAUGCAUUAAUUUUGAAUUUUUUUUUAAAUUUAUAAUUAAAUUUUUAAAAUAAAUAAUA